AUGGUCUGUGGUGGGAACAAACAACUCUGUGAUGAUAACUCAGAAAACAAUUGCAUAGAUGCUUCCUCAAACUGUCGGGUUCAUAAGCAUAGGCUCUGUGAUGGAGAGAAGGAUUGCCAAGAUGGAAGUGAUGAGAAUCAUGAUGACUGCAAUUCCAUGACAAAAGACAAAAAAUGUAUUCGAAAGUUUGGAAUUCUCGAAAAGAACAUGACAUUUCCCCACUCUUGGAUUAUGGACAAGAAGACAGAUUGCUUAGACGGUAUGGAUGAGAUAGAAGAAAACUGGGCAUCCUGUUUAGACAACAACUUUGCAGUCCAAACAAAUUGCUCUGACGUUGAUCUGGUGGGCGGACAUUGCGAAGUGAAUGAGUUUCAAUCAACCAUCUCCAAGUUCAUGGUCUGUGGGAAGAAAAUUCUCUGUGAUGAUAACUCAGAAAACAACUGCAUAGAUGCUUCUUCAAGUUGUCGGGUUCAUAAACAUAGGCUCUGUGAUGGAGAAGAUGAUUGUGAAGACAGAAGUGAUGAGAACCAUGAUGAUUGCCAGCUUAUGACAAAAAACCAUAAGUGUGUUCGAAGGUUCGGAUCACAUGGUCUAAACUCAUUGAUACCUCACUCUUGGCUUCUGGACGAUGAAUCGGAUUGUUUGAGUAAUAAUAUGGACGAAGACAAGGAUAUAUGGAAGUCGUGCCCCGGAGAAUUCCAAAUCGUUUUGAAAGACGCACCCUGCAACACAGGAGAUAAAGUUAGUAAAGUCACUUGUGAUGGUAAAUGUGAUAUUGAAAAAUGCCAAGAUGAAAGUUUUUGUCAUGAUAUUCAAUAUGGUAUGAAUUGCAGAGGUACGUACUUUGAGAACGUAUACUUAGCAGUAGAAAAGAUUUGUGAUGGUAAUUCAGAUUGCGUGGACGAUGGAGAAGAUUGCACCGUGAACGGCGCGAAACAAUCUUGCACUCACUAUCUGAAAAACCAUCUAACUGUUCCCAUACAUGAUUACACGAGAUGCGCCAUUUUCGAUAUUGAAGGGGAAUACAUUACAUAUCCAUACUGCAAAGAUUUCCUAGACCAAACAAAUUGUACACAUGUAAGUCGGGUAGGUGGAUAUUGUGAAGUGAAUGGGUUCCAAUCAACCAUCUCCAAGAUUAUGAUUUGUGGUGGGAACAAACAACUCUGUGAUGAUAACUCAGAAAACAACUGCAUAGAUGCUUCCUCAAACUGUCGGGUUCAUAAACAUAGGCUCUGUGAUGGAGAACAGGAUUGCCAAGAUGGAAGUGAUGAGAAUCAUGAUGACUGCAAUUCCAUGACAAAAGACAAAAAAUGUAUUCGAAAGUUUGGAAUUCUCGAAAAGAACAUGACAUUUCCCCACUCUUGGAUUAUGGACAACAAAACAGAUUGCUUAGACGGUCUGGAUGAAAUAGAAAAUAAAUGGGAUGAUUGCUUAGAAGAUGUGGUCAUAGAGAUUAACAAUACCACUUUGCUAUGUAAUAAUAAAUGUGAUACCAACAAAUGCGAAGACGAAGGCGCUUGCAAUGGUCGAUCCUACUGA